AUGGCAAGCAAGUACAAUCUCAUCGACUACGACCCCGAGGAAGAACGUGACAAAGACCCCAACGGUGCACCGCUGGAUAACCUCAUCUCCGCCGCCGAUUACAUGCGGGAUCUACUGUGCACUCAUGGCGUCAAGUUCGCUGUCAUGGGCGGCUUCGCGAUGCUCUGCCACGGGUCCAGUCGAACGACCCGGGAUAUUGACAUCGUGGUUGACGCUUCGAUGAGCAGGCUGUGGCAGUUGCUAGAGCCUGAACCACGGUGA